AUGACUAUCGCUAAUCCGCACCAGGGUGGCGGUCCAAGAGUCCCGUACCCCAAGCACGUCUGGUCACCAUCCGGUGGUUGGUACGCUCAGCCGUCCAACUGGAAAGCCAACACCGCCGUAUUCACUGCCGUCAUCAUUGGAAUCACGGCCUUGACAUGGAACCUCAGCGCCCAGCGCGAAUACAGACAUAAGAUGCCCGAGCCCGGUCGCUUCUACCCAAGUCGCUAUUGGAGCAAACAGAUCGUCGAACAUGAGAAGGCGCAAAAGGCGAAGAAGGAGAACGAGACCUCAUCAUGA